GUAAUGAAAAAAAAAAAAAAAUUCUCAACCGAAUAAUUGCCGUAUUUUCCCCGUAUUUUCGUGUGCGAACCGACGGCGCAGUCGAUCGAUACGGCAGUUCGCCGUCGUCGCCGUCGCCGCCGUCGCCGUCGUCGCCGUCAUAUUAACGUAAUUUAUUAUUUCGCACGUUACGUUCGAUUCGAGCAACGUACGGCCGAGGACGCAUUCGUACGCAAGUGCGCGACCGACAACGGUGGCGGCCGCUCGUAUAGGUUCCCGUUAAAAUGUAGCUGCGGGAGAAACCGAGGAGACGAAACCGCCUACGAAGACGAAGACAACCAUGGCCGUCUGGCAGGAAAUAGCGUUUGUGGCGUUUUUCAUCUCCCUGCCGUUCCUGUACGACACCCGACGAUCGUUUCGCUACCACUUCCGCCUGGCCACGUUCACUGUGCUGGCCGCCCUGACGUCCCUGCUGGCCGUCUUCCAUUACAAACACCGGGCCAGGUAAUCGCGCGACUGUUCAAAUCAAAAACCGCUCGUUCCCCAAUGCGCGCCGGCACGCCCGUCGGUACCAUUCGGACGACCCCUGCACCAGCCACUACAAACUUAGACGUUUUUCAUUUAGACGUCAAUUCCGGGGUUAAUUUCUUGUUGAACGGUUUUUUUUUUUUCUUUCUAACACCGUGUCGGAAUUUGUUUUGGUCUCCAAAAAUUACAAUCGGAUUGUGUCCGGAUCGCCCGGUCAAAAACUAUUAAAUACCCAUAUUACCGGCGUUAUUAAUUGAAAAUUUGAUACAAUAAAAAAAUAAAUAUAUAUACAAGUUGAAUCCUGUAACGUAUUUUAUCCGAACUACUUAAUAUUACCUGCCUAGACAUAACAUAUUAAAUAAACAAAACUACCUAAUAUAAACAAUUUAUUUACUCGGGAGCUAUGUUGCUUUGAUUUAUUGUAUUUACCGUAAUAAUGUUUUCGACCUACUGACAUAGGUAUCAUUUAUCAUAAAACUUAAGUGCCUGUUGAAAUUUCUUAGUUAUUGUCUAUUCGUAAUUUAUAUAGUAUUUAAAUAUUUAAUUUUAUCUGUCAUUGAUUUAUCGGAUAGGUAAUUUAUUUCCAAUUUGGGUAAAUAGAUAAAUAAAUACUAUUUAUCGUUCCCAAUUUAUUAUAUUAUUUAGAUUUUUAAUAUUUAUAUAAACGGGCAGGUAAGUUAAUUAUGAAAUUAAUGAGUUUUUACAAGGUUUUUAUUGUUUCAUUAGAAUUCAUAUUGUUAAUAGUUGUCAAAAACAUUUAUAAUAUUAACAUAAUUAGGUACACACAUACAGUGGAUAAUUUAAAAUAUUUCAAUGGAUAUGCAAUAAUUUUUGAUAUAUCUAGGUACCUUAUAAUAUCAAUAUGAAUAAAACUCAGUACCUAAGUAAUUCAGAAUAAAUAGCUGUAGGUAAUAAAUAUUACUUAUCCUUAAUGCCUUAGUGUUUAGUUUAUUAUUUAUUUAUGAAAUAUUAUGAUCUAAAUCAUAGGUCAAUAUAUAUGUAUAAAUCUGCUUAGAAAUUCUAAAAGUAGAUAAUGUUUAUGUGGUGGCCUUGUUUUAAACUAAAAUAAUAUAUGAACUCGCAUUUCAAAAUAUACUUAAAAAUAUAGCUAUUACAAUUGAUUUUUUAAAAUCAAAACCUACAUAAAAGCAUGACGAAAAUCUGUAUUACAAAACCAUAAAAACUAUUUCAUUAUCAACUAUGCUUAACAAAAACCUCAUUAUUACAUCAUAGGUACCUACAUGCAACCUAUAUGGCUUUACAUAAACAUAUUUUUUUUUUUUAUCCUUGUGUUAAUUAUUUUAUAGGUAUGAGUAAAAAAUAAUUUAUUUUCUGUUAAAAUACAUUUACAUUACAAUACAUUUAAGUAGGUACCAUAAAUUAAUUAUUUGUUUUAGGUUUUACUGAAGUAUGGUAUUUAUUAAUUAUGUAUACUGAUUAUGAAUAUAAGUAGGUACUCUAAAUCAAUUUACUAAUAUACAUAGCCAGAUUGGGCCGUUAGAGACAAAUGUAUGAUGUCUGAGAAAAAAUGUAAAGGCGGUGUCAAUAAACCACAAAAAAAAAAAACAGCUUUUAGGUUUAGCAAUCCCAUUUACAGCCUCUUAUGGUAAGUAGAGGUAUCUUGAGAAUAUCCUGAUCCCCAUUCUAAAAAAAGAACUAAGAAGAAUAUUAACUGGAAAAAUGGUUAAAUAAGGAGGGAAGAAUAAUCCCUCUCAUAAUAAAACUGCUGUGAAGAGUAAAGGUUGCUGAGUUUUAUAAAAGGUUUAAACCCACUGCUAUAUACUGAACAUAUAGAUUUUGUGUUAUAGCAAUUUUCUGCUAUAAAUAUCCAAUAUAGAGAAUGAUGUAUAAUGAAAAAUGUUUAUUAGAUAGUAUAAUAUAAAAUUAUACCUGUAUGGGUUUGAAAUUUUUAGAUGCCUUUUUGAGAAAUAGGGAUUAACUUUUGUAAUUCAAAUGGCAACCUAUAUUCAAAAUUACAUAAAUAGAUAGUUUAUUUGUUCAAAUAAAUUUUUAUUUUGAAGGUUAGGUUAGGUUAGGAACACUAUUCAAAAACCGCGCGCCGUGCCACCACACAAAUGCGUAGUGUUCUAUUUCUCAUUACUCUAGCACUGCGCCUAAACUAAAAAGUAGAAUAUUUCGUCAACGAGUUCACAGAAAUCAAAAACGUCAACACCAAUAUUUAUUUGAACUAAUGCCGCAUCUCUCUAUAGAAUUUUAAAUAUGGACUGCCAUUUGAAUUUCAAAAAUUGCCCCCCCCCCCCAAAAUCUUCCCUCUAUUUAUUAUAAUGUUCUUAUAAUAUUUUAUUAACUAAUUGUGUGAUGUUGUUUGCAGGUUGAUUGCAUAUUUUGGUCAACAGAUCUCUGAUUUAUUGUGUAUUGAAUGGCGUUUGCGUGGAAAAAAAAAUCUUAAAUCAAAACGUUCCAGAGUAGCUAUUAUAAAUUACCAAACUGACAUUGAUAUAUUAGGUUAUUAUUAUUUUUACUAGUUGUACAAACUUUAAAUUUUACCAUCAUAUUAUAACUAACAUACAAUAACAAUUGUAUUUUGUAUAUAAUAUGUGUAAAAUAAAAUUGAUUGAAUUAAAAAUAUUACUAAUAGAUUCUCUAUAGUAUGUGUUUUAUAGUACAUUUUAUUUAUCUAUUUAUACUUAAAUUUAUUUAUAUUUUGUUUUACAGGACUCUUACAUUUGAAUUAUUUUGAAACGGAGCUGAACAUCAUCUCGGAAACUAAUUUAAUCAAUUUAUGGCCAUUUUCAUUUUUUCCGUGGUUGCUUUCAUUAGCCUUGUGUCCCAUUCAGUUUUUCAAUACAAGUUUAGAACUACUAUAUUUGUCUCCAACUAUUAUUGAUUUAGGGGUAAAUAUUGUAAUAUUAGGCAUUAUAUAAAUAUGAAUAUGAAAUAUAUGUUUUCAUUUUUACCUUUAAAUUAUAACUAUUUUUAUAGCCUACAAUUAUAUUGCCAUCAACAAAAAUGUCAAAUGAAGAAACUAUUAAAAUGGCUCUUAAAAAAAAACUACCAAUUCAACCAAUUGUAUAUUCCAAAUGCUAUUUCAUAAAUAAAGAAAAACAUUUGUUUGAGCCAGGUGUGUACUUUACACUAUUACAUAUUUAACUAUAUUUAUAUGUUUUAAUAAUCAUACUCCUAAAUUAUUUUAGGUCGUACUAUAAUAUCUGUAAUGCCAAUUAUAGAAACAGAUGGUUUGUUGGAAAGUGAUGUAUCUGAAUUUAGUAACGAAAUUUCUACCAGAAUACGUGCUGAAUACGACUGUAUAAGCAAAAUAACUGAAUUGCGUGAUUAUCAGACUCCGUACUUGUAGUUAUAAAAAAUUAUAAUAUUCUUCCAUGCACAAUUUCUUUUAUUUACCAACCAGUUAUAUUUAAUUAUUUAAAAAAACAAAUUACCAUUGUUUUUUGAUAUGACAUGAGAUUUAUUUACACUACUUAAAUGUUGAUAAUUCCUAAUUUUUUAUAUAUACAUUGUUUCUUAUUUUAUUAAAGUGCUUUUCUUUUCGAUCUUUUAAAGUAAUUAGUUAUAAAAUUGUAUUUUUAAACUGGCUGUGCAUAUAUUGAGUAAUGUUUGGCAGUUAAAUAUUUUGUUUUCAUAACUGUGAUGGUCAUUACAUAGUCUAAAACCUAAAAAGUAUUUUUAAUUUUUAACCUAGUCAUAAUUAGUAUUAUUUUAAUUUUAUUAUUAUCAACUUAGUCCAAAAGAAAUAUGAAUACCUAUUACUUGUAUAAAUUUGUGUUUACUAUUAUAGUUAAUUUUUUUUACAACUUAAUAACAUGUUAAAUUAUUCAAACUGACCAAUAUAAAAAUAUUUGUUUAUUUUAUUUUUCUUAGUUUAACGGAAUAUUUUUAAUUAUAGGAGGUUAGUGGGUUGGGUGUGAUUACUAAGAUUAUAGAAUCGUGUCUAGUAAAAUAUACGUCCGAUAUACAUAAAAUUAAUAUUUAAUAAUAAUGCAGACGUUGCUUUUAAUAUAAAUUAUUUUUAGAAAAAAGAACUCUUAGUGUUAAGAUGUCAAUUGUUAAAUUUUUCUGUACAAUAAAGUACAUUUGGAGUCUCAUGUUUUUUUUGUAUGAACAUGUUAUAAAUAUAUCCUAAAUAUUACAUAUUUGAGUAAUGUAAACAAAACAAUGAGGUUUUUUUUAAAAAAUAUGUUUUAACAAAUUAUUAUUAAUACAACUGUCAAGUUAAACGUAAUUUACAAUAUUUAUAAUAGUAUUAUUUAACUACUGAAUUCUAUGAAUCGAGGAAAAAAGAAACAAUUGUAAAAAAUAUUUGGAAAAAGCUCUGG